GAAGGCGCAAGUUGUUCCAUGUUGUCACACAAACAAACAUGCGACUGCAGCUGCAGCACAUACAACAAAAAUGCAACCUGACUGUUCUUCACUCGUCAAAUCAUCAAACCACACUACCCCCCAUUACAACCUCCACGAUUUUGGAUAGCCCCCGUGCUGAAACCGAAAUUAUCAGCUUCAUCAAACCCUUGCUUGUCGUCUAAGCCGUUUACGGCCAUACCUUGUCUGUACUAUAUAGAUCCUUGUCAGUUUCGCUGAAUUUAAACUUCCCAGAGAGUAAUGGCUCGAGUCGCGCCGUCACGAGCUUCGUUGAACAUCUUCGGUGACCAAGAUGACACGAGCUUGAGUGAAGACGAUAACCCAAGCAUUCCCGACAUCUCGAGUCCGAGCAAACUCGGAAACAAUAGAUUUGCAGCUCUAGGUGACGUUCCCGUUUGGCACGCACAUAAUCCACAGUCCCAAUUGUCGAAGCCGACGUCAAGCCCCAGCGUGGAGAGUCUGGCGAACAAGUUUAGGGACCUUCGAAUUGCCGAGCCUGGCCCUCACGGACUCAACCGAGUCAAGAGCAAGCCUAAAGGACACGCUGGAGUUCGUCUGACGCGUCCUCCAAUUGGAUCGACUACUUUUAGAAGUCUUGAAACGGUCCCCGAGGACCAGAAGCACGACCCAUCGCAGUUCGCGGCCAAUCGUGUUUCGGAUGGAAGCCAGCACUGCAGUGAACUUUCAGCGGACCAAUACGCACAUCAUCCGCUGGCAAUAGCUGCAAGAAAUCUCUCAUCAACCCAGGAGCAGCUUACAAAACACCGUGACGGAAAUUUUGAAUGGGUUUUGACCAACAUGGCUGUCGCAGAGGUCCGGAACGAACAUGAAACUCCGUCCAAGGCUGUGCCGCCUUGUCCAGAGGUCAGAAUUGAAGACCUGACGCCGUCAUCCGCCAAUGCGACUGGCGAAGAUGACAGCUACGCCGAGAUCACCAUGUCGAGGUCUCCGGCCAAGCCCGCGGCCAGAAUCGAGGAUUCCUUCCAAGCACUUGAUCAGCUUGAGGAGCAACUCGAGGCAUUCGAUGAGGCGGCUCUGGUGAAACAAGUCGUCUCGCCCCACAUGGCAAAAGGGUCUACCAAUUCACCAUUGGCCCGAGCUGGUAGCAUUCGCACAACUCCCCAACGUAGCCGACCUAGUCCCAGGGCAGCUUCUGCGACGGUCGCAGUCAAGACUGCAGAGCCGAGACGAUCUCCAAGCAUCCGCAAAGCAGCUUCCAUGGUCUUCCUCGACUCGCCAAAGCUUAAAGGAGAGGACAAGGCACCGGUCCAGACACCGCCCAAGAAGUCAACCGGAAAGGGGCUCGCAAGCCUACAGCCUCCUAAGCAGCCGGCCAAGUCAACCAAGCCGCCUACCGUCUCGACUUUUGAGCUCCCUGGCGAGGCUGUCGCUCGACGCUUGAAGGAGCAGCGCGAAGCACGACUUGCAAUGCAGGCUAAGGCCACUGCAGAGCAGCCAUCAGCAUCAAAUGCUAAUGCCAUCCGACGAACAAAGUCCGCCAAGGCUCCGACACGACCUAACUUUGAAUUGCCAGGAGAAGCAAUCUCUCGCCGCAAACGGGAGGAGCGCGAGGCUAAGCUCAAGGCUCAACAAGAGGAAGAACGACAGCGCCGCGAGUUCAAGGCGCGGCCAGUUCGCUCCGGGAUGGCCCCCCAUACCCUCCCUCGUGAGACCAUAACCAGCCGUGCAAGGCAAAGCAAGUUGACGCUUCCUGAGAAUCAAAUGCACCAAGCAUCGCCGAGUCCUCACAAGCAACAACCCGUGGUGUCUCGCGAACCCUUGUCCAACGCGGACAAUCAGCUACAGUCUCGAGGCCGACUCUUCACCACGGAAUCGAUGGCCUCCCAGACGAGCCGCGCAACAUCGAGUUCGACUGGUAGCAUCAGCGGCAAACGCAGCUCUAUAUCUAUCGAGGAAACGCAACAGCAACGUCUCCGCGGCAAGGAUGUAUACCAAGGUGACAACUCGUACGCACAAGAACGACAGAGAGAGAAGCGAGAACGUGAGGCUCUGGCUCGUAUUGCCAGAGAGCAGGCGGCAGAGCGAUCCCGCAUGCUCAGUCGCGAAUGGGCCGAGAAGCAGAAGCGCAAACGAAUGACGGUCGGCUCCGUAAGGGAUCUUCUAGCAUGAGUAGUUGUCGGCUAAGUGAGAUGGAGAAGCUUGGUGGCGACCUCUAAGCUAAGAACGGUGCCUGGGUACCUAAGCAGAUACUAGCGUGGUUAUUAAGGUGGGGGUGGGGGAGUAUCUUGGGAAAGGUGAAGUUGUAGAUUCACUGCAUAAACUAUUGUUGCAUCUGCAUCAAGGUGAGAUUCCAGCGCAGA